AGGGACACAACUCCAUGACCUAGUUUACAAACAGAAAGUAUGAUUCGGAGAAACUAUCGAUAUACACGUAAACUGUUCCGAAUGAUUUCAACCGCUUUGUGAUUCAAAGAGUUAUUGAGGAGAUUCUGUGGUCAUGAGUAAACUAACCAAGGCUUACAAGGAUCAGUUAUGUACCUGGAUAGGAGGGAGGAAAGACUUCAAUCUGCUGUACCAGGCAGCCAGAGACGGAUGUAGCGGCCCGGCCUUCCAUCAGAAGUGUGACAACAGUGGAGCAACCGUCUCCGUCUGCUACAACACGGCUGGAUAUGUGUUCGGUGGCUAUACAUCGGUCAGCUGGUCAAGUGAUGGAACCUUCAAACCAGACAACCAAGCCUUCCUGUUCGGGCUUCAGGCUGCGAAUAGUUUUCAACCACAAAAGUAUCCCGUAAAGACGGCCAAUUUGCAGCAUACCGUCUAUCAUAAUGCUCAGUAUGGACCUACCUUUGGAGGAGGACAUGAUCUGUGCACUUUCACUUCAACUAUUAACAAACAGAGCAAUUAUUUCCAAGGCAAUGGACACAUGAGUUUUAACCACACUUACGACAUGCAAGGACAUGAUGUCACCAACUUCACAGGAAACAAUCUUCAGUUUACUGAUGUGGAAGUAUAUCAAGUUACAGAACACGCUGCACGCAAAGAUGAGACACCGUGGCGGAAGCUACCUGAGGUGAAACAAAAGGUACUGAAGUCUGAACUGGAAACGUACUCACCCCCGGGGAAGCUGGAUCAUGUGAACAUCUUGUUGCUGGGGGCGGUUGGAUCGGGCAAAUCCAGCUACUUCAACACCAUCAACUCUAUAUUCCAAGGGCGGAUAACCUCCGUCGCCCGCAGUGGGAGUGCAGAACACAGUCUAACAACUACUUAUCGUUUGUACAAGAUAAAAUCGACCGACAGUCGACAGCCCUUGAAGGUUCGACUUUGUGACACAAGGGGACUUGAAGACGGUCUCAAUCUUGAUCUGUCGGACCUGAUGGCGAUCAUCGACGGUCAUUUGCCGGACAGAUUCACGUUCAACCCAUCUGUUCCAAUUCGUCCUGACAUCCCAGGGUACAAGAAGAACCCAACCCUGAAUGACCGAAUCCACUGUAUUGCCUUCGUGGUCGACAGCACUGCCAUAGAUGUCUUCCCAGACAAAAUACUACAGACGUUCAAAGCAGUUCAACACAGGGUGAAUGUCCAAGGUGAACUACUGAUACCAGGAUAUUUAUACAUAAUUUCCAAAUCUAUAUGAUUUGUACCAGUGAAA